AUGAGCGUGCUGAGCAGCGCAGCAGCCACCAACGGUUUCCACGGCCUGGCGUCCCCCUCCUCUUCAGAGGUCCUAGGAGCGCCGCCGCGGCUGGUCAAUGACACAAGUGCAACGCCGCCGUCCCAGGGGAUCCUUCAGUCCUCUGAGGCUCCACCUGAUGCCGGCAGAGACGUGCCCUCGUCCGGCGGCCAGGAAACUGACAGCGCGCCAGCUGGCACGAUAGGCAUGGUGCACCUGGAGGGAACGCCGCUGGACGAGGAGGACCUUGAAAGCAUCGCGGAGGCGCUGGACAUCUUCCCUCCCACCAGCGCUGGCUACUCAUCCAAGGUGCGCUGGUUCAGCUUCCAGUUCCUGAUGCAGCAGCUGGCGGAGGAGCUCAAGGACAUGCACACCGCCACGCAGCUGGUGCUCGCUGCACUGCCCAAACCGCCCAAGAAGCGCCCGCCGGGCAUUGCCGGGCAGCUGCUGCCCAGAUAG